AUGGAUGUACAGCUCGUCCACGUACCGCGACCACCGGCUGGAGAGUGGGCGGAUAGGGCAACUAUCGCCGGCUGGCAGGGGUCGUUGCUGUUGAUCUUGCCUCUUGGCGGACAAGAGUUGGCGAGCUUCUCCCAUAACGAACUGCAGCGUGCUGUGCUGGCUCUGCCGGGCCGCGAUAUCCUCGUCGUAAACCGCUCUAUUACGCCCGCACAAGUGGUUUCGCAUAGGCCUAGCUAUAUCAACUUCCUGCUUAUUACGAGCCGAGGAAGGGUGAGCGCGACUCCUUGCGUUAGCUGCCGUUUGGCGGCGGCAUUGAGUCCGUUCGGAUGGGCUAGGCCAUCCCCCGUUUGCGUUCGUCUACCAGGUCACUUCGGUGGCUGUUGUAGUAAUUGCAAAUGGAAGGAUCAGGCCAGUCGGUGCUCCGUACGAGACGGUGUUGGGACCCCAUUUCCCUCAGACGACAACGACAACGACAACGACAACGACACUCCUCCUCCGCGUCAGCGCGCCUUGCCAGCCCAUAGCGGGUCACAAGACGAUCCGAACGGCUUAUAAUGGUACGCACGAAUCCUUCCUUAUCCGUUAUCCAAUAGAUAAUUAUAUAGGCCUGCGAAGCAAGAAACCAAGUGGCUUUCUGUGGAGGCGUUGGUCAGUAGUUCGGCGUCACUCUGGCUGGCCCAAGACAAUUGCCGGGCACCUUCUCGUGGCGUCUUAGGUUAGUAGCCAUCGUACUAUGGUGAAGCCAAGAUCCGGAAAUAUAGACAGUUUGAUUUAAUGUAAUGCAAUUCAAUCUAGUCUCUUAUCUCUGUACUGCUGUCUAUAAUCACUGUUAUGC